UCGCUGUAUAAUAGCUUCAAGCUUACCUACAACCAUACCAACUUUGUAGUAAGCUAUAUUCAUACCUACAAACGAAUCGGUAUUAUCUUCUCAAAAUAUAUCUCCCCGUCUUACUAAUUUUACCAUGGCAUACCUCGGCUUUGUGCUGGCGUUUACAGCCUUCGGAUCGUUACUUGGCCUUGUUGUAGUUUUAACAAUGCUACCUUCACGCUACGUCAAGCACUCACCUGUGCCUAAGGAGUCUGUUUCUGUCCAAGUCUUGGUUCUCGGAGAUAUUGGUCGGAGCCCGCGUAUGCAGUACCAUGCUUUAAGCGUUGCUCGACAUGGCGGAAGGGUUGAUCUCAUUGGUUAUAAUGAGUCAACCCCUCAUCCCGAUAUUCUCACCAACCCUAGGAUCAAGAUCUGUCCGUUGGCACUUCCGCCAGCUGUGCUUAGGUCCAGUUCUAUCCCAUUCAUCAUCUCGGGACCUCUAAAGGUGAUAUGGCAGAUUUGGACUCUCAUCCGAGUCCUCGGUUACCAGACGGAACCAGCAAGAUGGAUUAUGGUUCAGAACCCUCCAUCUAUUCCAACUCUAGCCAUUACUCUUCUGAUUUCUGUAUUGCGUAAUACACAUCUCAUCAUUGACUGGCACAAUUAUGGCUGGACAAUCCUCGCUGGUACUAAAGGGAGAGAUCACCCGUUCGUGGAAAUAUCAAAAGCUUACGAGUGCGCGUUAGCUCAAGCAGCACCUACCGCUAACAUCACAGUUACUCAUGCUAUGAGGCGACAAUUAGAGAAACCGCCUUAUAGCGUCAAGGCGCCAAUUAUUGUGCUUCACGACCGACCAGCCUCCCUAUUUCAACCUUUGAAAUCUUUGUCGGACCGUAAGGACUUCCUUGAAAGGUUACCAGAGACUAGGGAAUUUGCUUCGAACAUCGUCUCAGGCCAGACGAAGCUCAUAGUCAGCAGCACGUCUUGGACGCCAGACGAAGAUUUCUCCCUACUACUUGAUGCUUUAGUUACAUAUGCUGAGAAUGGAUCCACAACCCCUAUUAUGGCAAUUAUCACAGGCCGUGGGCCUCAAAAGGCUGCUUACGAGGAGAAGAUCCAGAACUUACAGAAAGCGGGCAAACUGCCCAACAUUCGCAUAUUAACUGCUUGGUUAACGAUGGAGGAUUAUGCUAAGCUCCUGAGCUGUGCUGACCUUGGGAUAUGCCUUCACAUGUCGAGCUCUGGAGUCGAUCUGCCCAUGAAAGUUGUGGAUAUGUUUGGAUCUGGAUUGCCAGUUGCCGCGUACUCUGGAUACGAGAGCUUUGGUGAAUUAGUUAAAGAGGGUGUGAAUGGAUGCGGCUUCGAGACAGCAGACGAGCUAGCGGCAAUAUUAACACGGCUAUUAGGAGAAAAAGGGGCAGGCGAGCUCCAGGCGCUACGUAAAGGGGCCAAGAAAGAGAGCGAUCUACGGUGGGAUGAGGAAUGGGAUCGAGUUCUAGGUCGUGUAUUAGUGGUUAUGGACUAAGGAACGACAAUGCCUUAAAAGAGCGACUACUUAUUACGACGAUGGAAAUUGAUGAUGGAAAUUGAUGAUGGAUGGGAUUUAAUUACUUAUCAAAUAGGUAACACCUAUACGCCUUCUGGAAUGCUCCGAAAAUCAGCUAUGCUAGUGU